UGGGAAAGGAUGAAUCAUCCCGCCCCACUUCUCCCUCUCGGCUUGCGCCAGCCCCCUCCCAAAAUCCCGCCGCAGCAAGCAGGCGAAGCCGCUGCUCCAGCUCCGACUCACUGAGCCCCCUGCGGCCUGCGGAGGAGAGGAGACGGACAGGGCGGGAGACCAAUGAGAACGCAGCUCUCACGGCCGCCGUCCGAUGAGCCUCUGCUCCCUGGCGGGGCGGGGAUAGCGGUGGGAAGGGGGCGGGCCCGGGCUGGCGCGCAGCGCGGAGGCUCGGCGGCUCACUGGGAGAGCGCGUCCUGGGGAGUCGGCGCCUAGGCGACGCGGGAAGGCGCCACCACCGCCGCCGCUGGCCAAGGUGCUGGACACCACAGGCCCAUCGGCUGCUUCGCCAGAUCAGGCCCCUUCCGCUGCAGCCGCUGCUGCCUCGCUUCCAGCCAGGUCCCCAUGGAAGAGAUGGAAGAAGAGUUAAAAUGCCCUGUGUGUGGCUCCUUCUAUCGGGAGCCCAUCAUCUUGCCCUGCUCUCACAAUUUAUGUCAGGCGUGCGCCCGCAACAUCCUGGUGCAGACCCCGGAAUCCGAGUCCCCCCAGAGCCGCCGGGCCUCGGGCUCUGGGGUUUCCGACUAUGAUUAUCUGGACCUGGACAAGAUGAGCCUGUACAGCGAGGCGGACAGCGGCUAUGGCUCCUACGGAGGUUUCGCCAGCGCCCCCACUACCCCGUGCCAGAAGUCGCCCAACGGCGUCCGCGUCUUCCCCCCUGCUAUGCCGCCACCGCCCACCCACCUGUCACCGGCUUUGGCUCCUGUGCCCCGCAACUCCUGCAUCACCUGCCCCCAGUGCCACCGCAGUCUCAUUCUGGAUGACCGGGGGCUUCGCGGCUUCCCCAAGAAUCGCGUCCUGGAAGGGGUCAUCGACCGCUACCAACAGAGCAAAGCCGCGGCCCUCAAGUGCCAGCUCUGCGAGAAGGCGCCCAAGGAAGCCACGGUCAUGUGUGAACAGUGCGACGUCUUCUACUGCGACCCUUGCCGUCUACGCUGCCACCCACCCCGGGGUCCCCUAGCCAAACACCGUCUGGUGCCCCCGGCCCAGGGCCGCGUAAGCCGGCGGCUGAGCCCGCGCAAGGUCUCCACCUGCACAGACCAUGAGCUGGAGAACCACAGCAUGUACUGCGUGCAAUGCAAGAUGCCGGUGUGCUACCAGUGCCUGGAGGAGGGCAAACACUCCAGCCACGAAGUCAAGGCUUUGGGGGCUAUGUGGAAAUUGCACAAGAGCCAGCUUUCCCAGGCGCUAAAUGGAUUGUCAGAUAGGGCCAAGGAAGCCAAGGAGUUCCUGGUGCAACUCCGCACCAUGGUGCAACAAAUCCAGGAAAACAGUGUGGAGUUUGAGGCCUGCCUGGUAGCCCAGUGUGAUGCUCUCAUUGAUGCCCUAAACCGAAGGAAGGCUCAGCUGCUGGCCCGGGUCAACAAGGAACAUGAACACAAGCUGAAGGUGGUUCGGGACCAGAUCUCUCAUUGCACAGUGAAGCUGCGCCAGACCACGGGUCUCAUGGAGUACUGCUUGGAAGUGAUUAAGGAGAACGACCCCAGUGGCUUUCUGCAGAUUUCGGAUGCUCUCAUAAGGCGAGUUCACUUAACUGAGGACCAGUGGGGGAAAGGCACGCUCACUCCUAGGAUGACCACGGACUUUGACCUGAGCCUGGACAACAGCCCUCUGCUGCAGUCUAUUCACCAGCUGGACUUCGUGCAAGUGAAAGCUUCCUCUCCAGUCCCAGCAACUCCCAUCCUACAACUGGAGGAGUGUUGCACCCACAACAACAGUGCUACACUGUCCUGGAAACAGCCCCCUCUGUCCACUGUGGCCGCCGAUGGAUACAUUCUGGAGCUGGAUGAUGGCAGUGGUGGUCAGUUCCGGGAAGUGUAUGUUGGAAAAGAAACAAUGUGCACAGUGGACGGUCUUCACUUCAACAGCACGUACAACGCUCGAGUUAAGGCCUUCAACAAAACAGGAGUCAGCCCCUACAGCAAGACACUGGUCCUCCAGACGUCUGAGGCAGCGGGAGCCCAUGAGACAAAACCUAUAAAGGACACAGACUCAGAAGAACAGACCCUCCCUUUUCCAGUGCCUUCGGAAAGAUUGCCGCUCCGUAGAAUGAGUCCUUUCUCCUCCACCCUUAAUCUACAACCCAGCUUCCCCGGGAGAUCCUACUUUGACUUCCGGUCCUCACCCCACCAGCUGAGCUUGCAUUCUUCUUUACAGUCUCUCAAUGCACCGGGCUGCAAUUUUGAGACACAAUCUGCAUCAUACUCUCAAUUAGUUGACAUUAAAAAGCUGUUGGCAGUGGCUUGGUUUGCUUUUGACCCCGGCUCGGCACACUCCGACAUCAUCUUCUCCAAUGACAACUUGACAGUGACGUGCAGUAGCUACGAUGACCGGGUGGUGCUGGGGAAAACCGGCUUCUCCAAGGGCGUCCACUACUGGGAGCUGACCAUAGAUCGCUAUGACAACCACCCUGAUCCAGCAUUUGGCGUGGCUCGCAUCGAUGUGAUGAAGGAUAUGAUGUUAGGGAAGGACGACAAAGCUUGGGCAAUGUAUGUGGACAAUAACCGGAGCUGGUUCAUGCACAACAACUCGCACACCAACAGAACUGAAGGAGGGAUCACAAAAGGGGCCACCAUCGGGGUCCUCCUCGACUUAAACAGAAAGACAUUAACCUUUUUCGUCAACAAUGAACAGCAAGGCCCCAUAGCGUUUGAGAAUGUGGAGGGCCUGUUCUUUCCUGCUGUCAGCCUGAACAGGAAUGUGCAGGUCACGCUUCACACCGGGCUUCCAGUCCCCGACUUCUACUCCAGCCGAGCUUCCAUAGCCUAAGCGUGUGCUGUGGAGGCGCUAGCUGUCCCUGAGAAGGACAGCCCGGAGCCAGCAUCCUCAGCGGACACAGAGUCAUAGAAGAAUGAGAACAGCUGGUCCUCACCCAUCUUCAACCUUAAAAGCUCCGCCCUUUCCCAUCAGUCUCUCCGCAUCACUGAACCCAGGCCCCCUUUCCUCUCCCAGAAACUCUACCGCACAGAGGAGCUCGGCAGCCCACCUCUCCUUUGUUCCCGCUUCCACGUGUUGUUUUCCUUUAAUUUAGUGGCGUUUUUUGUUGUUGUCGUUUGUUUUCGUUUUUAUGUAGGUUGAAUUAAUUUUGACUCUUUUCUGAUUAUGUUUUGGUGACUUAUCUACCUACCUGGCACUGCCAAAAGAAACUCUCCUGGACACUUCUUUUUCUUAAGCUUUUGGACAAGCAAAGAUAUUCUAGGAGAGCAGGUAGGAAAGAAGCCGAAUUUAGAGUUUGCCAUUUGACUCCUAGAGUGUUCUUGCCCUGAUUCUUGUCAAGCUAUGUUAGCUCUUUGUGGCUUCUUCUUGGGAGGUGGGCAGACUGCACUUGGCAUCCAGAAGUCUGACUACACCCUGAAGCACAAAUACAUCAGCUCCACUGGCUCACGGCAGGGUAAGGACCUUUCAGAUAGGCUCUAGGCACUGGGGAGACCAGGAGACUCAAUGAUUUGAUUCCUUUGACUAAUACAAGUUUUUAAUUAAGAAGUACUAUGGACCAGGAUGCUGUGUUCGUGAACAGCCUGUCUUCCCGGAACCUAUAUUCUUGUGUAAUAAAGCAACAAAUAACUUCAAGUUGUUCUAAGUAAGGAAACACGUCAGAGAAGGUGUCACUGACCAACCCUGAGAUUGAUGCUGAACCCAUACUCUGGCUAUUACAC